CCAAACUGCAUAGUACGGGGCGUUGGUCAUGUUCCGCCGACGCGGGUUGCACGAAGGCGCGGGUGUGCGCGACGUCCCAUCUCAAGGAUCUGUUUCAAUCUUCUCUCGAUGCGCUUGCUUUCGAGUCAUCCGGAUGAGAUAAUCGGAUUCCGACGAUCGAAGUUGAAGGCAAUAAAUCUUGUGAGGCAGAUACAGCAGCCACAUGCGCCAACGGGUCCCCGCGGCGAACGAGCCCUCGGCUCGUAACGAUGAAUGCAAGGACAAUGGCAAGAAAGCCAUCGUAGUUGCGCCCGAUGUCGUGUCCCUCGUCGUGAUCUUCGUCAUGUCCCUCGUUUCUGUGGCUACGGCCAUCUACUACCUCAUCCUGCACGACCUCGACCCUGAAGACGCUGCCAAGAUUCGCUUUCCCACAUCCCUGCAUGUGGCAAAGGAGCUAGGCCAGGAACUUCGCGAUAUCACGGCUCAUUCCCCUGGCCGUGUUCUCGUGGCGCAUGGACUGCUGUACCUGUUCCUUCAAUCAUGGGCGAUCCCUGGCACCGUAUUUGUGAACCUCCUUGGUGGGGCUCUUUUUGGUCUCCUCGCGGGGUUCCCCUUGUGCCUCUUUUACAACACAUUGGGGUCGUGCUUCAUGUAUGGCUUGUCGUCUCGGUUUGGCGGGAAGCUCGUGCAAAAGUACUUGUCCACGCGGCUUCAGCAAAUGCGCGGUAUGAUCGACGCGCACCGCGACGACUUGACUUUGUACAUGAUCUUUUUGCGCAUCUUCCCCUUUUCCCCCAACUGGUUUAUGAAUAUGUCGUCGCCCCACGUCAACAUCCCAUUGUUGCAGUUUGCCAUGUCCGUCGCAAUCGGCCUGACACCGUACAAUUUUCUCAGCUGCAAGGCCGGGUUGAUUCUCAGUGCGUUGCAAUCCAAGGGCGACAUUAUCGACACGGCCACGACUGUCCAGCUCAUUGUGGUUGCUGUCGGCGGCCUUGUAGGUCUCCCACGACUUAAGGCUCGAUUUGCCAAGUAACUGGUUUGUCGUGGA